ACUCGGUCGAGAUCCAAAUCCUCCUCCUCUCCACAAGGUUACGUGAACCACAACACUCACAUCCUCUCCGUCACGAAGCGCACUCAGUCAUUGAUCUGGGCCAUUGCCCUGAUGAUCAAUGGCUUCAAGGCCUUCAGCUCCGUACCGUCCCCCAAGCCAUAAUGUGGGCGAUUCGCGCCGGUCGCCACGCGAACCACGAGACCAAUCGCCGGGCCGGUAUAAUGACAGAAAUGAUAGGAAUGAUAGAGAUGAAUAUAGAGGAGGUUCACACACAUCGGAGAGGAGACGGUCGAUACCCGAUAUUCGGACGAACAACAACGCCUUCAAUUCGAAUAGAGACAACUUCAGAGAGCCGAUGGGCAGAGAGCCAACUAGAGAUUUCCCUCCGCGCGAUACACCCAGAGGCCCAAGAAACUUGAUCGACGCACCCACAGGUCCUCGCGCAUCGAGCUACGGAUCAUCUGAGUAUCGUGGAGACAGUCGAGACGUUCCCUACGGACAUCGUGACUACAGAGGUGAUCGAGGUUUGAGCCGUGGUAGAGGUCGAGGCUGGAGAGAUGAUAGUCGAGAUCGCCGGGAUGGCCCUAAUUUUCGCCGAGAUGAUCGUCAUGAACGAGGUCAAUCGUAUCGAGAUGAUGGUCGAGAUCGUUGGGGUAGAGAGCCAUACAACAGCAGCCGAAGACCGACGUCACCACGAGGUCGAGGUCGUUCGCCAACAUAUGUACCUCGAGAGGCGCGAGAUGCGCCUCCAGGAAUCGAGGUAGACCGUGCUAGACGAGGUUCUCGCGAUGGUCCACUUUCAGGAGGCUCACCUUCAUCAGACAGUGCUCCCUUUUCUCGUGGAUACAGCAGGCCACCUCGAGGCAACAGAGGCCGUGGUAGACCUUAUUACGAUGAUAGACGCAGCAGAUCUCCAGACCCUUCUCGGACCCGCCGAACUCAACCAUCAGCUACACCUCCUCCCCAGGUUCCAGCUUUUGGCUCCAAUGUAUCCGUUCCAGGACCAGUGCCAGGAGUUGCUGUGCCGACUGCACCCCGUUAUGAACGUGUCAUUCGGCGUGGCCACGGGUAUGCUCCAUCAUCCGUCAAUCUGGCAAUCGAUAAUUCCAAGAAGGAGGAACCAGUCACGACUCCUCAAUCGGUUCAGAAGUCACCAUCUGUAGUGCCUCCAAAUGAUCGUGAGAUUACUUCGGAGAAGGAUGAGAACGAAACGAGCGAGAAGAGUGAACAACAAAUUCAGGCAAGUUCUCCAGACAAAGAUCCCAAAGCUAUUGCCCAAUCGGAUCGCAAACGCAAAGCUAUCAUUGGUAAACGUCAGCCAAAACCUAUUAUUCGAGACGUGUCUGAUGUCGAAGACUCCGGCGAUGAUCUUGAUGAUGGCUACUUUGAAGAAGAGAUGGCCAAGGUCCAGAAACAAAUCGAGCAGAUUCGCGAUGACAAUCCUCUAAUGCCGCGCGAAGACCCAGAAGCACCAUUCCUGACUCCGUUCAUCGAGGCCAAUGUUGAUGAGGUACCUAGUUCCAUCAAGGUUUUAGCCCCUCAACCUUGUAUCGCCCCAGAAGUCAAGCAAGAACAGCCGCAAAUUUCGGAGCCUCUGGUCUCAGCAAGCAUACUUGCCACUGAGCCUUCACCGACCAUAUUAGGCCCGCGGCCAACGUCAAAAGGCAAGAGUCGUUCCGCUACUCCUCUACCGUCCGAGCCGAUUGCGAAGCCUGUAAGCCGAAAUGAAGCAAUUAUCUCCGCCAUGGAACCUCGCCCUGCGACUGCGAAGCGAGAUAAUAGAGAAGGGGCAGUCAUUCCAGCAUGGGAUCCUACGAUGUUUCUCCAGGGUCCAAGCAAGGCUUUGGGCAAAGAGCCUUCUAGUGCAACUCCUACAGCAACCUUAAAGGAUACUACAAAUCACUCUUACAAUCAAACAGAUACGCCUAUGCUGGAUGACAAAUCUCUACCCCCAACAUUACCAAUGGACCUCGAUGGAUCUAUGGGAGGUCCAGGGAAUCUUUCACGCUCAAGAGCAGAUGUCCUAGUACUCAAUGGAAGAGCCAUUGAACUGGAUAACGUGGCGAUCCGAGAGCGCACUACCAUGGAGGACUCUUUUGCUCCUACAAACGAGCCUCUACCUCGUGCAAAUGCGAAUUCUUCACGUCGAUCAUCAGCCACACCAUCUCAUAGUAAGAGAGAAGGAUCAAGCGAUGCGAUCGGAUACAGACCCAUCAUCGCCCCCAGACCUCGGAAACCAGUAGUUGAUAACUUUUCGGAUGACGAAGACGAUCAAGAUGUAACUGUUCGCGAGGAAGAGUUAGAAAAGGUCAGGCCUUUUAUGAAGACACCACCAAUUGACAGUCUACCAAACUUCAAUUGUGUCCCGUUCCACGAAGACAAAGCUUUCUUGGCGAAAAUGGAUGCGUUGUGGACAGAUGACAAGAUCAACGCGAUCAUCAUCAAGAACAGGAAGCUGGAAGAGGACAGAGCAGCACUUGAGCAAGCAGAUGCGCGAGUGCUUUACCAACGAAAGCAAGAAGAGUAUCUUCAAUACGCAAGGUUUUCUAAUGACGAUCUAGCUGUAAAGAGCAGAGAAAAAUUUGCAAAAUCCAAAGCAAAGACUGCUCUGGAAGCUGCUGCACCACAAUCGACUUCCAUACCUUCCAGCGGAGCUAAGCCUGAAGGUCAGCGCCGAUCGACGAGUAGAUGGGCCACUGAGCAUGACUUCGAAAGAGUUCUUCGAGAAUCUGAGCAAGAGGCGAAGGAAAAGAAAGAGAGGGAAGACCGUGCUGCAAGAGCAAAGACUGCCAGUGCCAAGGAAGCCACUAUUCCAGCACAGAUUUGGAGUCAAGCAGAGUGGGACAAAACUGCAUAUACCGACAACACUGGGACGGUACCUUUCGACAGAUCGUUUGCUCGUUUAGAAUUCGGCGAGCCAAUUGACCCCCUUACCGAGGAAGAAUGUAAGAUCUUCGAGGAGAUUUAUAUGGAGUAUCCUAAGCAAUUCUCCAAGAUUGCUGAACAUCUUCCUGGGCGGGAUUACAAAGUUUGCAUUCAACACUACUAUGCGGUCAAGCAUACGUUGAAUUUGAAAGAGAGACUGAAGAAGCAGCCUAAGAAGAAAAAGGGCAGAAAAGCUUCAGGCAAAAAUCCCAAGUCCAACGCACUGAUGGCAGAUCUCGGUAUAUCCAUUCGAGACGAGGUAGAAGAGGGUCAAGAUGCCGACAAUGGUGAGAGACGACGCCCGAGACGAGCUGCCGCUCCGACCUGGCCAAUCGAAACGCCUGCAAGUGAAAACGAGGUAGCCAGUCCUGCACCAACCCCGGGCCGCAAAUCAGCUGCCAAAGGUGAUACGAACGGCGAUGCGCCGCCACCUAAGCGGAAGACCAAAGCUACCCGGGAGAAAGGAUCGAAGCAGACAAAAAACAACCAACUUCUCGCUGCGGCUCCUAGUACAUCAGCAACUGGCCAACCUGAAUCGCCUGUACCUCCGACCGUGCCAUCUGCCGAAUGGAGAAAUCGUCCCAAACUGUAUUCCCCUCGGUCCUCGCGCCAGCUGAAAAGCCUGGUCAUGUUCUUCCCUCCAACCCAGAGAUCAUUUCUCAGCCUGCAUUUCCCCAACAAGAACGUCUUGACUCUGCUCCACCUCAAGGAUUUGAGCAACAAUCGGAUCGUAGGAGCAUUCAACAAACGUCGAGCUACUGGAGUGUCCCCGAGCAGAACGAGUUCCCGCUGUUGUUGAAACAUUUUGGCACUGAUUGGCAUGGAAUUGCGAAGCACAUGACUUCGAAGACCCAUAUUAGGUAAAAAACUACUACCAGCGGCAGGUGGAUUCGGGCAAGAUGAAAGAAUGGGAAGAUUUCACCAAAGAGGCGGACGCCAAAAGAGAGAGGGGAGAAAUCCUUCCUGAGCUUCCACCACCGCCACCUAUGCCACCCAAAAAACGCUAUGAUAUUACUCCAAACAAUCUUCCGAGAUCUGGCUCAGCUAUG